AUGGCGGAGGCAGUUAUCAUCGGUGAUAUUGCUCAGGAAAUCUUGAGCAGGGUGAUUUCCCUUGCUGUCCAAGGGAUUAAUCUCACAAGAAAUUUCAAGACACAGCUUGAAGAUCUGAUAAGCAAAUUGGAAAUGAUUCAAUACGUCAUGGAGGACGCCCAGAAUCACGAAGGAGAGAAGGAUGUAUCGGUUAGAGAGUGGUUGAAGAAGCUCAAGAAUGUGGCCUAUUAUGCGGAGAAUGUGUUGGAUGAGUUCGCAACAGAAGCUCAGCUACGCAAAAUGAGGAAGAAGAAGAGAAACAAGGUAUGCAAGUUCUUUUCGUCCUCCAAUCCGAUUGUAGUUAACUGUAAGAUGGCCCAUAGGAUUAAAAGCAUCAAUGCAUCCUUCGACAAUCUUCAAAAGCAAGCCAAUAUGAUCCAACUUGUACACACACCUAACACCAAGGUCAGGGGGGCUGUAGAAAGUAGUCAAAUAAUGCACCGAAUCACCCAUUCUAAAGUAAAUGAGUUUGAAGUCGUGGGAAAAGGAGCUGAAAAAAGGAAGAUAGUAAACAUUUUAAUUAACGAUCAGAACCAGAGCCAGAACCAGAAAGCUGCUAUUUCAGUGCUACCCAUAGUAGGAAUGGGUGGUCUCGGAAAGACCACCCUCGCUCAAUUGGCCUUCAAUGAUAAAUCGAUAGAGGCACAUUUUGAUAAACGGAUGUGGGUUUGUGUGACUGAAAACUUCAGUAUUCACAAGAUUUUAAAAGAAAUCCUGGAGAGCCUUGGAGGAAGGGACGCCUUAACAAAUCUGGACGUGAUGCUCCGUUGCCUUGAAGAGCAGUUGGGUGGGAAGAAAUUCUUACUCGUACUUGACGACUGCUUCUUCUAG